AUGGCUCCUCUUGCCGUCGCCGGCUCCAAAGCGGGUGGUUUCGGCUUCCUCGCCGGCGGCUUCGACCUUGCCAAUCUGGACGCUGACCUCGAUGAAGCUGCUAGCUUGUUGGAGAGUGCUAACAUCCGUGGUCCUGAAGGCGUGCUUCCUAUUGGGGUGGGGUUCCAGAAUUGGGGUAGUGAUCUUAAGCUCGCGGUAGCGGCAAUCCAGAAGCAUCCGCCUGCAGCAGCCUGGUUCUUUGCGCCGAGAAGGUUGUCAGAUCUGCUACCUUGGGCAAAGGAGAUUAGGGCAGCCACGGGCGGCAGGACCAAGAUUUGGGUACAGGUUGGGUCGGUGGGCCAGGCGCUAGAGGUAGCCAAGACCACGAAACCAGACGUGUUGGUGCUGCAGGGCCACGAUGCCGGCGGACAUGCAUUGGCCCAUUCAGCCAGCGUAAUCUCUCUAGUACCAGAGGUUGUUGAUGCUCUAGCAUAUGAAUGGCUCCGGAUUCCGGUGAUUGCCGCUGGAGGUAUCAGCGAAGGCCGAGGUGUGGCAGCUGCGUUAACUUUGGGCGCGUCUGGAGUAGCCUUGGGUACUCGAUUCCUUGCCUGUAAAGAAGCUACGAUUGCCAAGGGCUACCAGAAUGAAAUUGUGCGAGUCCGUGAUGGCGGUGUUAGCACGGUCCGUUCUACGCUGUAUGAUGUGCUGCGAGGCAUCAUGGACUGGCCAAAGGCGUACGACGGCCGAGGGGUAGCCAAUCGAAGUUAUCUUGAUGCUCAAGCAGGAAUGUCAGAGGACGAGAACAGAGAGCUGUACAGGGAAGAGAUGCAGAAAGGAGACGAGGGAUGGGGUGCAGAAGGGAGAAUGACAACGUAUGCUGGCACAGGAAUAGGGUUGGUCAGGGAGGUAAAGUCAGCUGAAGAAAUCAUCAAAGAGAUAUCGAACGAUGCGAUGCUUGCUCUAAAGAAGACAGUCGGAAGGUACUCUGAAAAGCAUGUAGUCUUCGGCAAGCCGCCAGGGUGA